GCAUGAAGCAUGGGCAAUCAAUCAGAGUGACAUCCAUCUCCAUCUAUACACAAAACGACGACAAUGGCGAAGCAGACUGAGAGUGGAGAAGAGAGCUACGACCUGCAGAAACUGCGGCCCGAAGUGGAUAAGCUGUUCGAGGAAUUGGACGCCAUGGCCGACAAACCUCUGGAUGAUGAGAGUGAGAGGAAUGUCCUGGCUGAAAUCUCCAAGGUCCUCGAACAGAUCAAGGCCAAGAUCGCACUGCGAGGCGAUGGCAAGGAGGUAAAGGACGACGAUGUCCUUCCCCGGAGCAAGAGGGAGGAGCUGCACAACCUGGUGCGCCUCCUCAGGGCUGCAUUGGUGGAACGCGGCGCUGCGUCGUCGGACCACUGCAAGUGGCCGCGUGAGCAGCAGGACGCUGCGGAGAGCUCUGGCGCCGGCGGCGCCGACGACAGCAAGCCGGCGACGACCGGCUGCAUCCCCUGCGGCAAGCCCCGGGCGUCGAAGCAGCAGCAGCAGCAAAGCAAGAAGCAGGAGCAGGAGCAGGAAGAGAAAGAAAGCCGCGUGUCACUGACGCUGCUGCUCCGGCUGACCAAGAACGUGCUGGAGCCGGAGCAGUACUACGAGUGGACGACCAGCUACGUGGACGAGGAGAGGAUCUACGGGUGGGACAAGGAGGCCGGCGAGGUGAUCGACGCCCUCGUGGCCCCCGACGGCUCGGAGCGGAUGUUCCGGGCGGCGGGCAUCGCGGGCAUCCACGGCAGCGGCAAGACGGCGCUGGCGCAGAAGGUGUUCGUGCACGACAAGGCCAAGGACAACUUCGCGCUCCGCCUGUGGGUCUGCGUCGGCCCGCCGGACUCGGAGGACCGCUUCAACCUCCUCUACCGGAUGCUCGACAACCUCGGCCUCGACACCGCCAAGGUCGAGGACAUCGUCGACAAAUCCCAAGUCGUCACAAAAGCCAUCGCGAAGGAGACCGCUGCCGUCGACAAGGAACUCCGCGAGAAGGCGGCCAAGAUGGUGGGCGCAGCCAGAGGUGCCGGGCGGCAGAACCAGGCGGUGGAGGAUACCGCCGGAAAGGAGACACCCGGCGAUGCGCCGAAGGAGGGGAGCGCCGGCGCUGGUGAAGACGCCAACAACAAGCAGGCAAAGGAGGCGGAGAAGGAUCGCAUCUUCAAGGAGCUGCUCAAGGAGAAGAUCGACAGCAGCCGUGCCGUCGAGACAUCCAAAAUCGGAGUGCUGCUCUACAUCCUCAACAUGACGCUGUCCAAGACGUCGUACAUGAUCGUGUUCGACGACAUCCGGGCAUACCGCCGGGACGACGACGACGACGGGUGCUGGUACAGCAACCUGACGCUGCAGCCGCCGGCGGAGGGCGAGUGGGGGGACCGCCUCGCCUACGGCCUGCCCAAGGGGGAGCACAGGGGCGCCGUGCUGGUCACCUGCCGCAAGGAGGACGACGCCAAGAUGAUGGCGCGCACGGGCCUCGUGGUCCGCCCGCCCAAGCUCGAAGGGGGCGACGCCUGGAAGCUCUUCAGGAGGGAGUACGACCAGGCCAAGGACGACAAGCGCAAGAAGGAAGGCGGCAAGGUGGAGGAGGACCUUCUGCUGAAGCAGCUGGGGGAGAUGAAGAAGGAGAUCGUGGACAAGUGCCUCGGCCUGCCGGUGGCCAUCAUCGAGGCGGCCAAAGGCUUCGCCGGCCUGGAGCCCUUGCCAGAUUUGCCGGAUGAUACUAUCAAACUGAAAGAAGCUGCUGCGGCAGAGGAUAAACCACCCGCAGCCGCUGGGGGUCACACUCGCACAGAAAGCAGCGAGGGCAUCCAUCAGGCUGACGAAGAAGCAGCAGCAGCACAAGCUGCUGAUGAGUCUGAAUGAAGGGCAAUCAAUACUUAACUGAACUCGUCAUCCGUAAUACAUUUGCCGCGCAAAUUGCUGUGAGAUCUCUCUCUCUCUCUCUCUCUCUCUCUCUCUCUCUCUCUCUCUCUCUCUCUCUCUCUCUCUCUCUCUCUCUCUCUCUCUCUCUCUGUAUGUGUGAGUGUGUCGGCAUCUUCUUCCUGCCGGUUGUGUGUCCGCUUACUAUAUCUAUUCUACAUCUCAAAUUAUAAGUUAUUAUAACUUUUUGAAAAG